GCAGCAAAUAUUGGCUUCAAGGUCAGCCACCGGAUCCACACCUUUACCAAAAAUUGUACCAAAGUGGUACCUUUUUAGUUUAGAAUGUGGUACGCGAUAAAAGUAGGGUGCGGCAACACUGUCUGUGAAUUUUGUCGUUUGUGAUUUACAAAUACGUUUUAAUAAAAUAAUAAUUUUUAAUUAAAACGUAUUUGGUGAUUUACCGUUUACCCCUUGUUUACCCGUUUACCCUACGUUUACCCAUAGGAUUAACCCAUGAUACGGAUUAACCCAUGGUCUCGGUCUAAAACCACAAAUUGACUACAAAGUUAAAUCUCAAGAAGCAGGAUUUUCUUCAAAUAAUUUUAUUAUAAUUUGUGAUUAUAAUCGUUAAUGCCAGAUAUAUCAAAGAUUCUUCGACUGCUUACAAAGCAUAAAAUUUGAAAAUGUUGAAUACAAGAAAUGAUGAGACUAGGAAAAAGAUUAUAGAAAUUUGCCAGACAUUAGCCGAACAGCAAGAACUAACAGUAACAGUAACAGAAUCUGCUAAAGGAGCAUUAAUAACUGGCAUAGGAGUAUUUGUUGGUGGUAUUCUUUUAGGACCUUUAGGAAUGGCUUUUGGUGGAAUAGUUUCAUCAGUCGGAGUUGCUGUCAGCUCUAAAGGAAAAUUCCGAUCUGUUGCAGAAAUCAUCAGUGAAAUGCCAGAAGACAAGAAAGAUAGAUUAAUAAAUUCUUUAACAGAUCUGUCAAAGAGUUUUAACUAUGAAGAUGUUCUUAAACUUUUAACCAUUGCAUUGACCUCGGCAGAUGUCAACACAGCUGUGAUAACGUUAUUAAAAGAUUUUGUAAUAAAGGAACUAAAGCUACAGAUAACCAAUUAUUAGUGAUUAUUAUUUGAAAAAUAAUAUUUAUAAAUUUUAAUACUCUUGUGUCAGUUAUAUUGAAUAAUCAAUAAUCCAAUUAUAUUAUUUUAUUUGAAGGUUUACUAUUUUUUCUAAUAAAGUCCUAUACAUAUGACAUGU